AUAACCCAGCCGAGAUUUCCGGUUUACAUUUUGUAAACACAAGAAUUUAGGACACGAAACUACUCGCUCGAGCGCUUCAAUUUCGUGUCACCUGCUGGUAUUUUCUGGGUUAGAAAACACUAAAGAUUGUUUAUUUCAUGACGAGACAUCAAAUUUCGACCAGACAUUUUUUUUUUUAAGAAAGCCGAAGAAAUAUAAAACAAGCUAGUCGCGUAGUCGAGUCCGUGUGUGUGUUUAUCGCUCAUGCUGCUUUUUCUUCAAUGGGGAACUGCCUGUUUUCUCAAGGAGCGGAUGAUUUGUCUUUGCUGAACGAGUCCGAGGGGGGAAGCCUGCCGGGAGAGCCGCCGCCGCCAUACCAGGAGCGCCCGCAGCCCGUACCUGUAUACCAUCCCACCCCCGGAGAGAGUCGCUUGGCCAGUCAGCUGAGCGAGGAAGAGCAGGUGCGCAUCGCGCAACGUAUCGGCCUUAUCCAUCACCUACCCAGAGGCAUAUUCGAUCCGGGCUCCGAUCCCUCAGACCGAAAAGUCAAAGAAUGUGUGAUCUGCAUGAUGGACUUCGAGUACGGCGACCCCAUCCGGUUUCUACCGUGCGUUCACAUCUAUCACAUGGACUGCAUCGACGCCUGGCUUAUGCGCUCCUUCACCUGCCCAUCCUGCAUGGAGCCCGUGGAUGCCGCUCUGCUUGCAACCUACGAAACUAACUGAGGCACGCUCCCAAGCCCACACCCUCAGUAACCGCACCUUAUAACCCAAACUGUCCAAGCUCCUGGACAAGGCCAUGUGGCAUUGUGCACAUGUUCUAAAAUUGCGUACACAUGUAGAAACUGUACAUUACAGUAAUUGCUUGGAUCUGAUUGGUCGGUAAAUUCUGAUGUUUUUUUUCAAUGGGUACAGUGUGCCAAAUUGAACAUGGCGAAUUAAAUCUUGACACGUAGCAAAUCAUUUCUCAUAAUGCAUUUCACUUUUCUAUAGUUUAAAUAUAGAUUAUAUUUUAGAUUUAGUUUUGACAGCUAGGUGUCACAAAUGUCACUGAAGUGUAUUUGUCAUGUGCAAUAGGUAAUCAAUAGGCAGAAUGCAGGCACAAGAGACAGUACGAUUUAAUACUGAACCGAAAUGGGGUUUUCCUUCAUUUCUCCUUCAAGAUGAAUAAAUUCAUCAUUAAUGUGAUAUUAAACCAAAAAAUAUUGGGAUUACAUAAAUUUACAUCAAGUGUGUCUUGAUGCAUUUAUUUUGAUAGCUUGGAAAACAUCCCCAGACCCUUUUCAAGAGCAAAAUAACAUGCGGCACCAUUUAAACUAAUAUAUGAAAGAGUAUGAGGACCACACUUUUUUUUUUUUUUAAAUCACACAAUUUAAAAAUCAUUUUUGUAAAAUUUUGACAUUUUUCUUGAAAUUGUGAUUACUUUUCGCUUAUUGCAAAAUAUUCCUUAUCGAAUUUUUUUGCACAAAGUUCCGACUUGUUAGCAGUCGCAGAGUAUUAAAACUAUAGUUUCAAUCAUUUCUCAAUUACUGCAGUUUCUCAAGUAUAUUACAAAUCUUUUUUAAAAAAAAAAACAAAAAACGCUGUAACCAGGCAGCAUAUACUCUAAUAUAGUAUAUGAGUACAAGCAAAAUUAAGAGAAUCCAUCAUAUCAUACAGAUGUUUACAGGUACUUAAGGCUUGUUUUAAAAAAAAAAAUGUGAUAGCAAAUGUUACAAAUUGAUACAUAACAACAUUGUCGAUACUUACCGUGAAUCAGAGCUUUGUGUGCAUCUUGACAUCGCAUGUGUUUAUCUCCUAAAAUGUGGUAGCAUUUUUUAAGGAUCAUGGGAGUUGUUGGUCAUUAAUUUCUGUUUAUUGACCCCAAAUCGCAGCUUAUGUUUGGCCGUAACAAAUGAAAUUAAGAUAUAUAAUUAAAAAAAAAAAAAAAAAAAAGCAAGUCACAAAACACUGCACACUACCCUACAGUAGCUACCGAGGGGAUGCUUAAUGUGACUUAGUGUCUAAAAACACAGCUCCAUCUUCCCUAAAAUUUAUGAGGACAUAUCUAUUCACAUCUCUUUCAACCCCUGAAAAUAUCACAAAAAUUUGCCUCAAGAUUUUGGAUUUUAUGGAUAUUGGACACGGUUCUGCUUCCAAACACUGAAAUCACAGUGCAGCACUCUGCAUCAGAACAUGGCGACAAAAAUCAUUUCAUUUCUAAAAAGAAUACUAUCAUUUAAAAGAAAAAAAAUCUAGAUUAAUUUACACAAAUGCGCAUUAUACUGAGAACCAUGGUAUUCAACUUGAUUCUUGAUAAGUUCUUCUUCCCCAAAUAGUUUUUAUUUAUUUUAUAAGUUUAGUCUUAUUUUCAUUACAAACAAAAUCUCGAAUAUUACAACAUACAUAAAUUAAUGCAUGCAAAAUGUUCUAUUAUAAUCCAUUAAAUUACAGUUUAUAAUAUAUGACAACCUUAUCCUUUUUUUUUUUAUUCAACAUCCUUAUUGAUGUUUUUCCCAGAACAAUAUCAGUUAACUUUCACAGUUCGACUUCAUCCUUAUAAUAUUAUUUUCUUUGCGGAUUAACUUAAUUCCAGUAUAUUGUCUUUACAGUGUGGCCCUAAUACUUCUUCGUAUAAUUAGAUGUGUUAGUUUAUUUUCCAAAUGUUUCGCAUUUGUUUGUAUGGUCUAAUGUAGUUUUCUUUUUCUGAUAGAGGGCUAUGAGUUAGGAAGUGUGUGUGUGUCUUUUUUCAAUGUUUGAGCAUUUUAGUUGAUUGCCUUCAUUGCUGCAAGUGAUAUAUUUUCACACAUCCCUUGUUAGAAUAUUUGUUGCCAGCAGUAGACUUGAAUGUAUCUAUUGGCGUAUAGAAAGAGAAGAGUGUAUUUCAUUUAUCCCAGCUGCUGUGCCUUGUGAGAAUGAAGAAGGUGCAGAUUCUUGUGAAGUACAAUCAUGUUGACUGUGUUCUUCCAAGUCGUAGUCGUACACUAGGGAGAGCCAGACACCAGCACUCAUAGUAUGUGUCACUGUUGUUUUUUUCUUUCCCACCCUGCUGCUGCCACCACUGCUCAGUCGCCUGUUUUAACUUACGUGCAAUCUAUGAAUGUGUAGAAUAAGUUCUAACCACCAUUAAAGCUGGUGAUACAUUUCAAA